CUGUACUAUAAAUACCGUGAAGGCGCUUUGGGCUUGCAUUCGAUGGAAACUCGAAUUGCAAAUCAUGUAUUUCCCGAUGACAAACGCCAUCUUCCUUCUCUUCCUGACGACGGUACAUGGUUUUUGGAUAUCAUCAGUUAUGAAAGUUUUCAACCGCAAGGUUUGCUACCCACAUAUUGGGUGCUUCCGAAGCAGACCUCCAUUUCAUAAUGCAAAGGGAAUUCUCCCAUCCUCGCCUGAUGCAAUCGGUAUAACCUUCAGGCUAUACACCAGGAAAAACCACGAUCAAGGACAGAUACUCAAACCUUACCAGCCCCAGACGAUCACAAGCUCCAGCUUCGUGGGCAGUCGACGGACUAUUUUCAUUACCCAUGGUUUCACAGACACCGUAAAAUCUGGAUGGGCUUUGCAAAUGAAGGACACUCUAUUGAACAAAGAUGAUUUGAACGUGAUAACCGUGGACUGGUCACGUGGUACACGAGGCAUCCGUUACGACAAGUCAACAGCGAACACUCGCGUGGUUGGGGCCACGGUAGGGAAAAUGGUGGAGGCCCUAACGAAGAAUGCCGGAGUGUCUCCCAGUUAUGUUCAUCUGAUCGGUCACAGCCUAGGUGCCCAGAUCAUGGGGUACGCCGGAAAAGAGCUACGCCAUUUUGGUCAAGUUGGCAGAAUCACUGGUCUAGAUCCUGCUGGUUUGAAUUUUGAGAGAUAUUCCAAUGAAGUCAAAUUGGAUCCUUCUGACGCUGCGUUUGUUGACGUCAUCCAUACAGACGGAGCCUCGCUAUGGGAAAUGGCGUUUGGCAUCAGGAUACCCAAUGGACAUGCUGACUUUUACCCCAAUGGUGGCAGAAAUCAACCGGGGUGCAAACGUAACUGGUGGGACAACAUAUGGAACAUGUUCAAUGGGAAAAUAAGUGUUAUAGCCAGCAGUGUUGGUUGCAGCCAUUCUAGGGCUAUCCACUUUUUCAUCGAGUCCAUUAACACGUCCUGUAAAUUCACGGCGUUUCCCUGUAAAUCCUACUUGACCUUCUACACCGGAGUCUGUGAUAAUUCUUGCCAGCAGGGCUGCAACAGAAUGGGCUACCAUGCUAGCAAAGCGGCAACCGGGAUUUUUUACCUGAAAACAAAUGCUGCCGCGCCUUAUUGCAAAAACUAAUUAUUAUUGUUUGUACGUAUAUGUAUCUAGUGCUUGACUGUUUAAUAAAACGUGAAUUGUU